CAUCUAUAGUUGAAACAUUUAAACGAUUAGCAGAGAAAAAAGCAGAAUGUAUACAGAUGGUGCUUGCAGAAGAAGUUGACAAGAAUAUGAAGACAUUGGAAAGUGUAGACAAAAAUCAUUGA